GGAAGUUGACAAGAGGCUACUGCCUAAUCUGCCGAUAUACACAUAUAAACUGGUACGGCGAACUGAAAGUUUCAGUUGAAGGAGUUUGACUCUACCUUGAAAAUACUUCAUAAUGGGCAAAAGUUGUAAGGUGGUGGUUUGCGGACAAGCUGCCGUUGGUAAAACUGCUGUGCUGGAGCAUCUUCUAUAUGCCAAUCAUGUUAUCGGCUCUGAGCCAAUGGAGACCCUCGAGGACAUCUACAUUGGCUCCGUGGAGACUGACAGGGGUGUGCGUGAGCAGGUCCGCUUCUAUGACACACGAGGGCUGAAGGACGGCCUGGAGUUCCCCAGGCAUUACUACAGCUUUGCCGACGGCUUUGUGCUCAUCUACAGCAUUGAUAGUAAGGAGUCCUUUAAGCGCGUGGAGGCACUGAAGAAAGACAUCGAUCGCUACCGUGACAAGAAGGAGGUGACAAUUGUAGUGCUGGGGAACAAGGUGGACCUGCAGCACCAGAGGAAGGUCGACUCGGAGGUGGCGCAGCACUGGGCCAAGACGGAGAAGGCGCGCCUGUGGGAGGUGUCGGUCGCCGACCGGCGGACUCUCAUAGAGCCCUUUGUCUACCUGGCCAGCAAGAUGACCCAGCCGCAGAGCAAGUCCACCUUCCCGCUGAGUCGCAACAAGAACAAGAGCAGUGGCUCACUGGACAGCUGAGCGACAAGUGCACUGAGCCCACGAGUACUGCCUGACUCGCAGGUGCAGUGCGUGUGGGGGACGGUCUGAGAAACAUGGUAAUCCUCACUUUGUGGGAUUAGUGCAGUUUGUUUUUGAACUGCAUCUAAUUACAUUUUAAAAUAAACAAGUUAAUGACGCAUUUGACCAAGGGUUCAUAUUAGAUCUCGCCACCGUGACAUCUAUAAAAUUGUCCUUCGUUAACAAUAUUAGCUUCCUUAUGGUGGCCCCAGUGCUUUUCCACAGUGCUAUUUAAUUUCCACUUUUAUUUUAAAAUGCGGGGAUUACUGAACUGUUAAUAAUCAUCUCUGUGUACUUUGUGUGCAAGUACUCUAAUGCAAUCAGGAGAAUGUAAAUUUGUUGCUUGUCUGUUUGUGUAGUUCAGUGAGUGACUUUGAAGUGUCUUCAUCAGCGCUCUGCCUGAUUUUACCAGAUGAUGGGACCAUUAAUGUUUCUUAAUGGGUUUUUUUUUUUGGUGGUAAAUGUUCAGUGCGACUGCAGCAAUCUGCGUUAAGCUACUGCUAUCAGCUGUUAUUUCCAUAAUUUGGAAAUAAGGCACAAAAAUGUGUUACUGUUGCAGAAAUUUAUUGAUGUGUGUCUUGAACAAGAAGUUCUUUCAAGAUGAUUGUGCACAAUAUGUAAGGACAUCUGUUACGCUGGUUAUUGCUGGUGGUGUUUUGUAAUGUGUAUUGUGACCUAUUUUUAAGAAAUACUCUGAGUAAAAUUCAUAGCUAAAGUCAAAUAUCAUCAUUUUAUGAAGUUGUUUGUAUUAUAUUACAGUUUUUACUACUGAAAGUAAAUGUUGAUAAUAUUUCCUAAACGUUGAGUUUCUAUUUAUCGGUGUAAUAAUGAGUCUAAAUUGAUGUUAUUUUCAAUUUGUUUUUCUGUGGAAGGUUUGAAAUGUCUAUUUUACUGAUAAUAUGUGAUUUUAAAUUCAGUAUGGAAACUGAAUUUCAGAAGAAAAAGGAUUGUAAAAAGAUUUCUUGUAGCACUCAUUUGAUUUCAAAAAUCUUGAUUCCUGGUAGUAAUAAAAUGAUACCGUAGCUGCUGUAACUCAUUAGUUAAUAUGAAUUCUAAUUAUGAAUACUAUUUUUCUAUCAUCUAAUAGCAGCUAUGUCAUAUUUUACAUACCACCAUAAUCUAGUUUAGGGUUUUGUGAUUGUCAGCUAAUAUAGUCGAUUACAUUUUAUAUAUGAAAUUUUACAUCUUAACACCCAAUGAACAGUUGUUGGGGUAUACUCUAAGAUUGUAUGCCGUUUUCUAAAGCUGGCCUUGUGCUUAUUUGUUCUGUGAGAAUGAAUGCCCUUUCAUUACCUUUA